AGAAUCGAUGCAAGCGAUAAUUCAUCUAGAACCCUACGUGGUAAGCGCGUGCAAAUACACUUUGCAGUUCUUCGUCGCUCCAAUGCGCUGAAACGUUUCGUUACCCUGAUACGAACAGUUGUGUCAGCUCGAAUCCUGCUUUUUCAGAGCGCGAGGCGGCCUGCGGCAGCGCGGCAAGCUCGAAAUCUCUAAUUAAUAGAGUUGCCUGUGCUUUUCCCUCCCAGGAAGGGGGGUAAGUGCGCACUGUGGAGCCGGAACGCCUUUUUCUUUGUUGGUUUUUCUGUGAAGGUUCCUCUGGCGGAAGGAAGACAGAUAGCGCGGGGGUAACUCACACUCAAGGCGAAGGCGUUUCCGCGCCGUAGUGACACGAGAUGCGGCCGCCGCGUUCUCCGUGGCCGCCUGAGAAAGUCUCUGCACAGCCGCAAAACAGGUGCUGAAAGAGUGUCGGAAAGGUUGUCCCGGAUUUGCCCGUGACGCCGCCGUCAUUUUCAGUGCCAAAGUCACUGUCGGCUUCAGUGCGGCGCAGUUGCAAAGCAGGUACAAGAACAACGUCUCUGGGGUCCCAGCGUACUGUUGAUGUCCAUGCUGUGAGCCCAAGAAAAGAAAGACGGUGACAGACGCCUUGAUUCAUGUACAGUGAACGUCGUCGUCUGCACAAUCUUCGUCGUACGCUUCCAGGUUGUCCAGAAACGACGCAGGACCCCACGGGGUGACGCGUCGGGCGGUGUGAUUACGGUUGUGGAGGCGAAAACUGGGACCUCGACGUUGUGGAGACCAGUCGAUCACUUUUUCCUGUUCCUCCUGCCGAGUAUUGACUAUGUGUACGCACGAGUAUGCUCUAAGGGCUCGGAAGUCGUUUUACUAGGAACUCACUCAAUCUGCUAUUUCCUGCUGGUCCCACCUAUGAACUCGCUGUUUUUUUGGUCUGAUCAAAAGUACGCGUUGAGCUGAAGAGAUACAGGAACUUGGAGAGGAUUCCUGAACGCGAACCCAGACGACAGAACCUCGCCAGAACCUCUGAUCGGAAUUCUCGGGGAAAGAUGGAGGUGUCAACCCUCACUGCUGAGAGUCUUGGUCCUCCGCUGCAGAGUUUAGGGGAGGAAGACCCGGCUGAAACGCUUGCGACGGAAGACUCGUAUCUCUCGAACAACUAUCUCCGUACACGCACGGAAACAGCGGAUACGCUGCGGCUGUCUAGUGACCCUGUUGUUCCUCUCGAGAAGCGCCGGCGCCUGCGAAGUCGGAAAACGAGGCAGAGUAAACUUCGGAGGCGCCUUGCUGGCGCUCUCCCCCGAACCGCCGCUCUCAUAUUGCUGGCCACCAUGUUUCUGCUUUUCGUCACGGGAGUGAAGCGAAUGGCGGGGCGGGUGCGGUCGGCUGAGGAGAGCCCCCUGGAGGGACUCCCGGCCACUCGUGAGGACACCAAAGAGCUGGUGAACCAGAAACUCGGGCAGAUCGAGCAGCUGAUGCUGGACGACUUUUACAAGCGCUACCUAGACAUAAACGGCGGCGCAGCGCGUACAGCGCUGCUGAAUGAAAUGAGACGGAUCAAGCAAACCGUUUACACCCCAGACGUUUCCGACGAGAUGCUCGGCGUCGCUCUGGAGCAGUCGAAGGCGUUGGAGGGCGAGUUUCGCUGGAAGGCAGCGAGAACGGAAUUCGCACACAUGGUCGCCUUUGCAUACCCAUUCCCCGCAGGCCCCGACACGCCUCGACUUGGCCGAUGGUUCGAGGAAGUCGUCACCUCGAUAGGACAAGACGCGGCGCGUGUCGUUAGUGCCUUUGAGAACAUGUCAAAAUACAACGCUGGAGAAGGGCUCGGACGCUGGCAAAAGGCCGCAGCCGAGGCAGUGGCCGCCAAGAAGUGGUCUGAUGGCAUAUUGUCAAACAGAAAACGAAAGUAGUGUAGCGGUAGUGAGGCACUGCUUCCUGUUCGCCGGCAGCCACAUUUUGUCUUAGAAAACCGUCUAGUAUGUAGAACUAAGGCUUGACGAACGCGAAUGUGAAAUCGAAACUGGCGUUGGUACGUGGUAAGAAAUCC